GAAACUUUUCUUGAUUUCAUAGUUUAACCUCGGAAAUUUUCCAUUCUUUAUUAUUCUUCUUCUCUCUCUCUUUUUCUCUCUCCCUCUCUCUCUAGUUACGGACGCAGGUUUGCUGUCAUGAGAAAAGAGCUAUUUCUUAGCAAGGUACCAAGGAAACAAGAAACACGUUGAAAAUCGAGGUUUAUUCCGAGACCCAUUUCCCCAGGUCGAUUUUUGCACGUGGGGCAUCAACCUUCAAGCCUAUUUCCUCAAGUAUUGCAGAUGGAUUCUCGUUGCUUUGAUGAUUACAAAGACGACAGUGAAGGUAGAUAUGCUGAAGGGGUUGAAGAUAAAUUUGGAGAUCCAGAAGUGGAGCCCCGUGUUGGGGAGGAGUACCAAGCAGAAAUUCCUCCAUUGAUUUCAGCACCUUAUCGUUCUCUGCUCGUAAAGCAGAUAAGAGAUUCAGAAAUCACCGUCAACUUGCAAGAGUGUAUUUCACUAGGGCUUCCCAUUCCUCUUAAGUGGGCACAUUGCGAAUUUGAAAGUAGUUCUGGUUACGGGAGUUUAGGAUCUAUCAGAAGCGAAGUGGGGCCAGCUAUUUCUGAGAAUGAAUGUUCGGAAACUAGAGUGGAACUUUACGCUGCUUCACGCGGUGAAGAGACACAUAUAGGAGGGUUCUCAAAUUUUGAACCAUCUUCUAAAAGUGUUGAGAAGGAUGAGAUGAGAGGGAAGUAUCUUCUCCCUGGAUUGUUGGACGAUCAAUCUUGGACAAAUACUGAAUACAGCAGUUUUCUUCUUGGCCUCUAUGUCUUUGGGAAGAAGCUUAAUUUUUUGAAGAGAUUUGUUGGGAGUAAAAGUAUGGGAGACAUAUUGUCUUUGUAUUACGGAAAGUUUUUUAAGUCUAAAGAAUAUUGUAGAUGGGCAGAGUGCCGAAAAUUGAGAACUAAGCGCUGUAUAUAUGGCCGGAAAAUAUUCACAGGAUGGAGGCAACAAGAAUUGCUGUCAAGAUUAUUUUCGUAUUUGCCAAGGGAGUGUCACACUAGAUUGCUUGAGAUUUCAAGGAAUUUUGGGGAGGGAAAAAUGCCUUUUGAAGAAUAUGUGUUUUCUUUAAAGGGUGCAGUUGGCAUUGACUUGCUUGUAGCUGCAGUAGGUAUUGGAAAAGGGAAGCAAGAUCUCACUGGCACUGCUGUUGAGCCAACAAAGACGAAUCACAUCUUCUCUGUUCGCCCUGAAAUACCAAUUGGCAAAGCUUGCUCCUCUCUUACAUCUGCAGAUAUAAUCAAGUUUCUGACAGGAGAUUUUAGGUUGAGUAAAGCUCGAUCCAGUGAUCUCUUCUGGGAAGCUGUUUGGCCUCGUCUUUUAGCAAAAGGCUGGCAUUCUGAACAGCCUAAAGAUGUUUCUGGGUCAAAGCAGUCUUUGGUUUUUCUUGUACCGGAUAUUAAGAAAUUUUCAAGAAGGAAACUGGUAAAAGGUAACCACUACUUUGAUUCUAUAAGUGAUGUGUUGAAUAAAGUAGCAUCUGACCCUGGACUUCUUGAGACUGAAAGUCAAGCAACUGAGAUCAGUGUUGUAGACAGGGAAAAAACACCUGAUAAACGAGACCUAGAGGGGGUGUCAUGUGGGGAACAAGCUCAGUACCUUCAAUCUCAUCGUUCAAAGGGCAAUCAAGAUGUCAGGAAAUUUACUAUUGUAGAUACCAGCAUGGUUCAUGAUAUGAAUCAACGUAAAGUGAUACAGAUGAGAAGCUUACCUUCUGAAACUACGAAUAUAUCUACUAUCUCAAGCUGCUCUAGUGAAUCUGAGAAAGAUACUUCUUACGAAUCAAAAGAUCAGGUUCAACAAACUAUCAAGGGUCAUGUUGAGCAAGAUAAUGCUUCAAGUGCUAUUGAAAACCAGGUUGAAAAAUCUCAUGUGUCAAGCUCUAUUGAUGAAUGGGUCGAACAAGCUCACGCUUCAAGCCAUAUCGAAGACCUGGUUGAACAAGCUCAUGCUUCGAGCCCUAUUAAAGAUCGGGUUGAACAAGCUCAUGCUUCAAGCCUUAUUGACCAUCGGGUUGACCAAGCUCAUGCUUCAGGCCCUAUUAAAGAUUGGAUUGAACAAACUCAUGCAUCAAGCUCUGUUGAAGGUCAAUUUAAACAAGCUAAGUCUGUGUAUCCUAUUGAAGGUCAGGUUGAACAAGGUAAUUCCUCCAACCCUAUUGAAGAAUUCUCUGAUAAAGGGUUGUGUAUAGACUCAUCAGAUUGUACUUACGUUCCUGAGGCCCUCAGCAUCAACAAAGACGGAAAAUGUCAUAGGUUUCAUUCUGAUUUGCAUAAUGGUGAGCAUUUAAGUGAGAUCAAAGAGCAUCCCUUUAUUCAAAAGAUGACAUCCGAUUGCACAAUUCCCUGCAUCACGACAAUGCAGAAGUUAAGAGCUUGUAACUAUCAAGAAAAUAGUCACUGCACUAAAAGUACUUCUGUGGAUAGAAACUUUGAUUUAAAUGAACCAAUCUCACCAUCAAAUCUGCAAGAAGCAUCUGAGGACAUGGUUUUUUCUAUGGGUUCUGGCAAUUUAUCUUUACCAAAUUAUCUGGCUAAAGGCAGUCCGUCGAACAUUAGCCAUGAAGGUAGUGUCAGCGAGAACCGCCUGGUUAGAGAAGAGUCUGCAGAAAAUUCUGAAACCAGAAUGUUGAUUGACUUGAAUUUUCCUCAAGUUGCCCCUGAUUUAGGACUUGAAAUGGAAAUGCCAUCCUCUGGGGCCACACUGCAAAAUGACAAUCAAUUUGCAAAUGCAUCAUCUUCUCCAUCUGAGAUAACACAGUUCAAUGCCACACAGGAGUUUCCGGAUGGCAACAACGACCAGCAUUCAAUCCUUGUCAACCGUCGUCAGAGCACUAGGAACCGACCGUUGACCACAAAAGCAUUGGAAGCACUUGAGUACAGAUUUAUCAACUCAAAGAGGAAAAGAAAGAACACAGAAUGUUCAGACAAUAAUCCAAAGUCCAAGUGUGUUCGUGGAAGUAGUGAGACAAUUGUUAGUGGCACUUGUGAUAAUGGCAUUGAGGAUUCUAUGGUGGACACAAGAGCAGAGGAGGAAAAUAUUAUCCAGGCAUAUAGUUAUGGCAUCGAUCUUAAUAGGGGCCCUCCGUAAUUUGUGUAAAAGGUUAGACUAACUUCUUCUUCAGGGGCAUCCAUUUCAUAAAUAUUUCUAGUCUUCACUCCAUAAACUGCUUAUAAUUUCAUUGUUUCAAAUGUAUCCAUAAAUCAUAAAUAUACAUGAAGAUCAAAGUCAUCUGUCCAUAUUCACUUAUUCUCUU